CCCAGGCCAGGUGAGACACAUCUACUGUGGAUGUAUGGAUGUGUCUUCGACCCAAGUCUCAGAGUCGGGUGUUACCUGUUAGCCCGGCUAAUGGCCAGCAGACCGCGCGACCAACAUAAAUCCAUAAAAACAUGAAAAGGGAAACGAGCGAGAGAAAAUAAUUAAAUUGCAAUUAUGUGCAAACAAUUCCAAAUCCGGACGAUUCGGAAAAAGUUAAUUACACGACAAUAAAGCGCAGAAGACCAUUCUCAACGGGAAUGGUUAUAUAUACACUGAGGUGGUAUAGGUGUGUAAGACUGGUUGGUUUUCUUACCUGCCCACACCAACUUGCCACAUCCAUGGCGGCACAUCCGCAGGUUGGUGCCGCUGAUUGGCUUUGGUUUUGGCUUGGACUCAUGGUCUGACUUGAGCUGACAUUAAUGGGUAUUUGAAUGCGGCUUCUGGGCUCUCCUCUGGCUUAAUCGGAUACCCGGCUGGCUGACUGACUGGCUGGCUGACUGACUGACUGAUGUCCAGUGACAUGUCGUUACUAUAUCGUUAGUGUGCUGUCUCUAUGGGCCUUGACUGCGGAUGAUCGCAAUUUCGCGACCCCUUCAGUAUUUCUUCAAUCUUGUAUCUUGAAUCUUGUAUCGUGCGGUCUCAGUUCUCAGUUCCCCCUAAUGAAGACAGACAGACAGAUUAGUUAUGGUCUUAUGAUAAAUUAGUCCGAUCCAAUUGUCCAGUCUUGGAAGUGGGCAGUCAUCGAAUUAGUAAUGACAUUAUGAAUCGGAAUCGGAACUUCUACUUUCGCCAUAGAUCUCAAUUAGUUGGGAUGGGUAUUUAAAUCGAUAUUAAUGAGGUUUAAUGGAUGUUUAUCAUGGGAGUUUUUAGAGAGGGGAUACAGAAAUAACACUUAAAUUAAGUAAACUAUAAUAUAAAGUUAGGACCCAUUCGUUUUCUGCCCUCCCAAAAAUUUGAUGAACACCUCUGACAAUCUCAUUUAGGAAUUUACGUUUUAACACCCAAAUUAACCAAAAUAAAAAAGAAAAGGGAUAUCCUUUAACCUUGGACACAUUACCUGGUUAAACUUAUUUCCCUUUGGGCCAAAAAACUUUAAUUAGAUAACCCCCGUCCGGCGGAAAGUUUAAAUGCAAGUAAAUCAGGUCGACCGGCCCCGAUGACUGACUGACAGUCCGGGGGCUGCCAGAGUUCACGGAGUUCGGACAAGUUUAAUUAGAUCUGCAUACGCAAUGAGUGGGGCUCGAGGACCCAAAGGACUAGGGAUUAAAGGAUACAAGGGUUUUUGGUUACCCGGUAAACAGGUUAACGAACUGCCACCAGUUUGUGUUCGCUGGCGAAAGGAUGCGCUGCCUUUUGAUUGUCCUGGCUGGGACCUGUGUGUCCCUCACGUUGGCAUCGCACCUCUCCCCAACUCUCCCACUCGACGGAUACGAGAUGCACCUGAAACAAUUACUGCAGAAGAUCCUGUGGGCGGCGAAUGUGAAACGUUGUUUCGGCGUCAUCACCGACGAUCUGCAUUAUUCGAUCUAUGACAGGAUUUUCUUUCAGUCCGUGGGUCGUCAAGUAGUGCCCUUUUUCGUAAUGCGAUUAAAUGCCAGUGAGGAUCUUCUGAAGCCUCCAAAGCAAGUGGAACUCGUCCUGAAAGCCAUGAAGUCCAGUGAUUGUGAGCUAUAUUUUAUCACCAUAUUGAAUGGCUGGCAAGCCCAGCGAUUCCUGAGAUACAUCUAUAACACCAGAUCGUUAAAUAUGCAGAAAAAGUUUAUCGUUCUGCACGAUUCUCGAUUGUUUGAAAGGGAUAUGAUUCAUAUAUGGAGUGUUUUUGUGGGCACUAUUUUUCUUAAAUAUCAAAUGGAUAAUAGGUUUACUAUUUCCACAAUUGCAUUUCCUGGAAUCCUAAGUGGUGUUUUGGUUACAAAAAAUCUGGCUAAUUGGGAGUUAGGAAAGAGAAUCAAUGGAAGGGUAUUGUUUGAAGAAAAAACAAAAGAUCUACAAGGAGCACCCAUACCAGUGGCCAUUUCAGAACAUGUCCCCAUGGUCCAGUGGAUUAAUACCUCAAGUAGCUAUCAUGGAGUUGAAAUAGAGAUUAUUGAUUCUAUUGGAAAGUCCCUAAACUUUCAACCCAUCUACUAUAAACCCAAUAAAACCGAAGAAACCAAUUGGGAUCUGGAGGAUAUUAACGAGAAUGAUACCCAGAAUGGAGAAAAUGAAACCCAAAUAGAUUCAAAGUUAAUUGAAGAAGUGGCCCUACACAAUGCCCGUUUCGCCAUCGGGGACUUGCACUUUUUUCAGGCUUAUUUGCCAUUUGUGGAGCUCAGCUUGCCGCAUAAUUUCGAGUGCCUGACCUUUCUCACACCGGAAUCCUCUACGGACAACUCCUGGCAGACCUUCAUCCUGCCAUUCAGUGGCGCCAUGUGGACAGGUGUCCUUUUGUCCUUGUUCAUAGUGGGCACUGUUUUCUAUGCCAUUAGUUAUCUUAAUGCCAUUCUUACCAAAAGUGGUUCUACUGGAUUCUUUCGCUGGUUUCGAAGGAAUAGGGAGAUACCCAUGGAUCCAAAUAUUUUCAGGAGAGUCAGCUUUCGUAUUGCUAUUAGCAGAUAUCGUCCUGUAAAAGGAUCUCAUAGUUUUCGGGAUAUAUUCGAUGAUUAUUCCAAUUGUAUUCUGUUGACUUAUAGUAUGCUUUUGUAUGUGGCCUUGCCGAGAAUGCCACGAAAUUGGCCCUUGAGGGUGUUGACAGGAUGGUACUGGAUCUACUGCAUCCUUUUGGUGGCCACUUACAGGGCAAGUUUCACGGCCAUUUUGGCCAAUCCAGCGGCGAGAGUCACCAUAGAUUCUCUGGAAGAUCUUCUAUACUCCCAUAUCCCUCCAUCUGCUGGAGCUUCGGAAAAUAAACAAUUUUUUCUGGAUGCCUCUGACGAAGUUGCCCAAAAAGUUGGCGAAAAAAUGGAAGUUAUAACCCAAAACGAUGAUUUGACCUCUCGCAUUGCAAAAGGACAAUGCGCCUACUAUGACAACGAAUUCUAUUUGCGAUAUUUACGGGUGGCCGAUGAAUCCGGCGGAGUGGGUUCCGCCCUUCAUAUUAUGAGGGAUUGUGUGGUUUUUAUGCCCGUUGUCCUGGCCAUGGAAAAGAAUUCGGCUCUUAAACAAAGAGUCGACAAUUCCAUCCAACACCUAGCCGAGGGUGGUCUUAUUGCCAAAUGGUUAAGGGAUGCCAUCCAGAGACUACCGGCCGAAGCUCCCGCCCAGCAGGAGGCUCUCAUGAAUCUGCAGAAAUUUUGGAGCUCCUUUGUGGCUCUGGCCGUGGGUUAUGUGAUUUCCAUAUUGGCCCUGUUGGCGGAACGUUGGCACUUUCAACAUUUUAUAAUGCAACAUCCCAUGUAUGAGGUUUAUAAUCCAGGAUUGUAUUAUAAAUUUAAACGUCUCUAUCCAGAACAAUAAAAUAUCUGCAAGAAUUCAACACAAUAUACAUC